AUGCGGGUUCCUUUUCAAGGCUCGUGGGGGUUUUUGACCCUUCUAGUGGCAGCCGUGAUGCGGGUUUCGGUCGCGCAGGCUCAAUCGCCUGGGUUUGCCGCCCUGAUGCAGCUUCCCCAAUGCGCGAUCAAUUGCAUGAAUACGCCGGGGUUUAACUUGUCGGCGUGCAAUGUCGACGACCUGCCAUGUCUUUGCCAUUUACUCUCCUCCGACGCCGGAAAAUCCGUGUCAACCUGCGUGGUGACAGACUGUUCGGUGAAGGACUCGCUUGCUGCUCGAAACCUUACGCAACAGGCUUGUGGCCCAGAACCCCGUAACCAGAGCACGACGUACACCACCGUCGCCGUUGUGUUUACAAUUUUAUCUUCCCUGGCUGUCAUUCAGCGCUUCGCCGUCAAGCUCUGGUUCCCGCACAUCUCCAUCGACCUCGAUGACUGGUUAGUCUUGGCCACCGCUCUCUGCCAGCUAUCCAGUGCCGUCCUCGGUGUAGCCGGCGGCGUGCCCAACGGGGUAGGGCGCGAUAUUUGGACGCUGUCCUACCGACAAAUUACAAACUUUGGCGUGUGCCUAUACAUUUAUGCCAUCUUGUACUUUGCCAAUGUUGCUACUCUGAAGCUUGCCUUUUUGUUCUUUUAUCUGAGGAUAUUCCCCAGCAUGCUCAUCAGGCGAUUGCUAUGGGUGACCAUCGGGUUCACAAUCGUAUACGGCAUUACCUUUAUCCUCACGAGCGUCUUUCAGUGCAAGCCCAUCUCAUAUUACUGGGUGCAUUGGGACGGCGAACAUCAAGGGACCUGCGCAAACAUAAGCGAAAUCGCCUGGGCGAACGGGGCCAUCAGCAUCGCUAUCGAUAUUUGGAUGAUAGCCAUUCCCCUGUCACAGCUGUGGAGGCUGAAGCUUGACUGGAAGAAAAAGGUGGGCGUAUUCAUCAUGUUGAGCGUCGGAUUCUUGGUUACAAUCGUCAGCAUCAUCCGCCUUCAAGAAAUUAUAACGCAUGCCAUUGACGAUCCCAAUGCGACAUGGGCGAUAAUGAAUCUCGCCGUCUGGUCUACCGUCGAAAUUAAUGUCGGCAUCAUUUGUGCCUGCAUGCCUUCCAUGCGCCUCCUUUUUGACCUGGUCUUUCGCGCCACAUCACCAAGACUAGCCGCAUCUGCAACUAACGAGGCCAACGUGCACAACAGCGGUCGUUUGUUCAGCCGUGGAAGAGGAUUGGGGGUGACGUCGCACUCCGUGUUUGAGCCAUACUUUGCGCCCCUUUCCCGUCAGACGGGAGUUAUUACGGUACAACGCACGUAUAAUAUUGAAGUCGAAACGCUAAACGAGAAUCUUGAGGAAGCUCAGCUGGUGUACAUGACGAAUUUGAGCAAUGACAAGCAAAAGCAUGCAGAGGGAUAG